AUCAAUUCACGACUGACACUGAGCUCUUGCUCGUCCUAUUCAGUUAAUUUGUAACUGCUAAUCUUGCUUUCAGAUUCCGUAUCAGUUAUUGUUAUGCUUCUUUCAAUUUUGAUACCAUGACUAGCCCAGAUAAAACGAAAAUCGGCAUGAAUCAAGCAUGUAGUAAUCACAUUUGAUAAUACAUGACCACCAUGAUAACAACUCCGCUUUCUUCAGUUGUAUGUUGUACUAGAACUAGUAGGUGGGAGCCAGCUACAUGAUCAUGAUGUUGCAUCAAACUACAACAAGAGCAACAAGCUAAAUAGACUCCAUUUUUUCUUCAUCAACUACAUCAACUUUUAUCUUCUACAUACACAAAAAAUCCAAAAACAUGUCGGACUUGGAAUUGCUCGCGGAUGUUGCCAUAUUCUUGACAGUGCUAGCAGUUUUCAUAUUCGUGUGGAGAAACCCCGAAUUGAAUCCAGCCAAGAUGUUCUUUGACAAGCUCUUGAGGGCUGGUGUUGAGCAGGAGAUGGUUAUGCGACAAGAUCGUGAAGCGUGCAUGCGCGAACGCACGAAGCUGUUGUUAUGGAUCAUAGUUCUUCUUCAUCUUCAGGUGUUUGAGUAACCAAUCAGAAUAACAAUCACUUCUAUCGUGAUCACAUGAGCACUUGCUACUGUAAGUAUAUAAAUUAAUAACUUGUCACUCGGUCAUCUUGCACUUGCUCUUUCAUACGGAUGAAGGUACAGGGUAGCUGAACGGCCUCUAUGACGUUAGAAAAGACGUGGAACGAGGUAUCAUGAUAUGACAUAAACUAACUGUUGAGACAGAAAUUUAUACAGGGGAGAAAAGAAUAAUUUUUUUCGUUCUAUUAGUUACUACUUCUAAUGUCCUCGGGCGGAGGAAGUGUAGCGUUGGCUAGCAACAAAGCAGGUCCAUCUGGACCGGUGGGCAGGGGUGGAGCGAAAGCAUCACCCACGCCAUCGAAACAAGUCCCCGCAGCAACGUGUAUGGUGAAAGUUGAUGUAACUGGUAACAAGGAUUUUGUUCCUUUUCGUGGUUCCUAAAAUAACUAAAUGUAGUAUGUCAGUCUAGUUCUAGUACUUGAAUAUGUCGUGAUACUCCUACUCGUCCGAGAAGAUGACUGAUUGGUACUUGUUGUGUACAAAACAAGUCGAAAUGGUUAUCUACUAGUACAUAGUCGUGGAUCUUGAUAUUCUACUUCGUCUAGUAGUAGCGAGCUUACAUAUACAUUGUACAUGAUAGAUAGCGAGGAUCAUCUGUCCUCAGAGAUAUGUUGCCAAAGGAUUACUAUAAUGUGACAACAACAUCUGCAGAUCCCGACGACGAGAGCAACUGCCGCGCACGGGCGAAAUCGCUGGAAGACUGAAACACGAGGUCGUAGGAUCUACGAGACAAUUGCAGUUGUUGAUAGUGAUGAGAUGUGCAAAGGGCUCGAUUUUUUGUCAUCAUGAUGUGGUGCAUGUGGUCACUCAUGCGAUCACACGUUUUGUUCUACACGGUCUUCUAAUGUCAUAUCUAACAUGUUCCUAGAACACCUCAAGCUGCAUAGGCCGUGCUUUUUGUGCUCUGACUGAAUGAUUGGGUUUAUGGUACAUCUACGAGACAUAUACAUGAAGGUCAUGACGACCAACGACCUCCCAUGCGUCCGCGACAUGAUAAUGUAUCCUGACUAGUAAGGGCGCAAGUGGGAUAAUGUAUCCUGACUAAGCUCGCAAGUGGUAGUCGAAUUGCUGGCAUGCCAGAAAAAGAAAACAUACCUGCUGUAUCAGUCGAGACUAACUUUCUCAUCGUGCAAUUUUUUCCAAAUUAAAUCAAAAUCAUUAUGCUGAUGCUUCCUUGUCCGUGUCCACUGUUGCGG